AUGCGCGUUUUCUCGACCAUCCUGCCCGCUUGGGCCCUGUUGACCCAGGUAUCCUCCGCGGCAUACACGCUGCGCGACGACUAUGGUGCCUCCGACUCAUUUUUUGACAAGUUCAACUUCUUCACGGACACCGACCCCACCAAUGGCUUUGUGAGCUACGUUGACCGUAGCACUGCCUCGCGCAACGGUCUCAUCAACACGGGCAACGGCGUCUACAUCGGCGUCGACCACUCCAACACCGCCACCAGACCUGGUCGCCAGAGCGUCCGCCUGGAGAGUACUGCCACCUACAAGCAUGGUCUUGUUAUUCUCGACCUGGCCCAUAUGCCCAGCAGCACAUGCGGCACCUGGCCUGCCUUCUGGAUGCUCGGCCCCAACUGGCCCAACAACGGCGAAAUCGACAUAAUCGAAGGCGUAAACGAGCAAACCCAGAACCAAGUGGCCUUGCACACCAGCGACGGCUGCACAAUCAACAACAGCGGCUUCACAGGAAACCUCGAGACACCAAACUGCUACAUCCAAGCCCCCGGCCAAUCCCGCAAACAGCGGCUGCAUGGCAGCACGCAGUCCUACGGCACCGGUUUCAACAAUGUCGGAGGCGGCGUCUACGCCACCGAAUGGACCGGCUCCGCCAUAUCAGUCUGGUUCUUCCCAUCCUACGCCGUGCCGGCCGAUAUCUCAUCCGGAAACCCCAACCCGGCAGGCUGGGGCACACCCUCAGCACGGUUCGCCGGCGGCUGCAAUAUCGACUCGAAAUUCAAUGAUCUGCAGAUUGUCUUUGAUAUCACCUUCUGUGGAGACUGGGCAGGCUCGGUUUGGGGCUCGUCGAGUUGUGCCAGUCGCGCCGGGUCGUGUGUCGACUACGUGCAGAAUAACCCCACGGCUUUCCAGGAGAGUUAUUGGCGUGUUCGAUCUCUUAAGGUUUAUCAGGAUGGGGCUAGUUCUAUGGGUGGUGCUGAGGGUGAGGACGUGGGUGCUGGGGAUGAGGUCGGUGUUGGUUGGGAUCCCUCGACGUGGUAUGGUCUCUCCGCUAGGGCUUCGAUGAAGCAUCGUCGGGAGCAUUAUCGUCACAAGCGUGGACAUGGCCAUUCUUAG